AUGAUCAACGCCGUGCUGGUCUUCAACAACAACGGCCAGCCCCGGCUGACCAAGUUCUACACUCAACUCGACACCCAAACACAGCAAUCACUGAUCGAACAAAUUUAUAAGCUGGUCGCCCAGCGUCCAUCAAGCGCAUGUAACUUCCUCCCCCUCCCACCAAUCCUCUCCCAAGGCGCUGCCAGCUCGUCUGCCGGUCCCUCCGACGCGCCAACGCAAAUCACCUACCGCACCUACGCCACGCUCUCCUUCAUCAUGAUCUCCACAUCUACCGAGUCACCACUCGCUUUAAUUGAUCUGAUCCAGGUCUUCGUGGAGGCAUUGGACCGCAUGUUCGAGAACGUGUGCGAGCUGGACUUGAUCUUUGGUUAUGAGACUAUGCAUGCUGUGCUGAGUGAGAUGAUAGUUGGGGGCGUUGUCGUUGAGACCAACAUUGAAAAGAUCACUGCUGGCGUACGGAGUCAGGAGGGUUCUGCUGGAAAGAAGAAGGCCGUUCAGGCAGCGAGUGCAAGUUUGGGUCGAGGAGCGUUGCCUGGGUUAGGAGCAUGGCGGUGA